AGGCCCGGGUACGAAUCCUGCUCCAGAGAAGAUGGAAAACCAGACGGCGGCCAACGUCAGCCACGAGUGCAGCCUUCGGGCCGACUUCCAGUAUUUCCUCUUCCCCGCCAUCUACAUUCCCGUCUUCGUGCUGGGCUUGCUGGAAAACGGGGCCGCCCUCUACCUGCUGACCUGCCGGAUCUCGCACCCGCCUCGCUCCUACGUCUACCUGCUCAGCCUGGCCGCUGUGGACACCUUGUUCGUCUGCAUCCUGCCCUUCAAGAUCCACUACCACCUUCACCACAACAACUGGGUCUUCGGGGACGUGGCCUGCCGCCUCACGGGGAGCAUGUACUUCCUCAACAUCUACCUCAGCGUGGCCUUCUUCACCUCCAUCUGCGUCGACCGCUACGUGGCCGUCUUGCACCCCUUGACGUACGUCCGGAUCAAGAGCGGGCACUACGCCCUGAUCGCCGUCGUCCUCUGGGCGGUCGGGCUGAGCUUCGCCGGCUCUUUGAUCCUGGGAGGCCCACUCGACGCCAACGUCAGCAACGCCCAUGUGUGCUUUGAGAACUUCGGGGAAGCCUCCUGGAAGGGGCGCAUGCUGCCUUACAACAUUUGCGUGCUGAUCUUCGGGUUUCUCAUCCCUUUCGUGGUGAUCUUGAUCAGCUACCCGUUGAUUGCCCGGCGAAUUUCCCACAUCUCGGAGAGCGCUUUCAAAAGGAAGGCGUUGAACACCAUCUACCUCAUCCUCUUCAUCUGCGUGUCCUGCUUCCUUCCCUUCCACCUCACCCACCUCCUCCAUCUCCUCAUGCGCCUCGGCCUCAUCCGGAACUGCCACUUGGCCACCUCCAUCUACCAGCUCCGCCGGGUCACCUUAGCCCUGGUUAGCUUCAACUGCUGCCUGAACCCCGUCUUGUACUACUACACCGUGGCCAACAGGCGGUGGCCCUGCUGCCGGCUGCGUUGGCAACGACGAACUUCCAAAGUCUACACGGUUUGCGGUGACCGCAGAGGACGCCUUGACCAGAGAGCGGCAUUAAGCCUGGCUGCCGAUGAGGAGUCUAGUGGUCCACUUCAGAAAACUCGGCUUGGAGCAAUUUUUCUCAGCCCCAAGGAGCAUGAGAAAUCUCUCUGUCUCUCUCUCUCUCUCUCUCUAAAAUGGGCCCUUUUCUCUCUUUCUCUUUCUGUCUCCCUCUCUCUGUGUCUCUAUCUAAAAUGGGCCAUUUUUUUUCUCUGCCUCUCUAAAAUGGGCCAUUUUCUCUCACUGUCUUUCUCUCUCUCUCCGUCCCCCUUCUCUUUAAAAUGGGCUGUUUUCUCUCACUCUUUCUCUCUUUCUCUCUCUCUCUCUGUCCCCCUUCUCUCUAAAAUGGGCUGUUCUCUCUCACUCUUUCUCUCUUUCUCUCUCUCUCUCUGUCCCCCUUCUCUCUAAAAUGGGCUGUUUUCUCUCACUCUUUCUUUAUCUCUCUCUCUCUGUCCCCCUUCUCUCUAAAAUGGGCUGUUUUCUCUCACUCUUUCUCUCUUUCUCUCUCUCUCUCUGUCCCCCUUCUCUCUAAAAUGGGCUGUUCUCUCUCACUCUUUCUCUCUUUAUCUCUCUCUCUCUGUCCCCCUUCUCUCUAAAAUGGGCUGUUUUCUCUCACUCUUUCUCUCUUUAUCUCUCUCUCUCUGUCCCCCUUUUCUCUAAAAUGGGCUGUUCUCUCUCACUCUUUCUCUCUUUAUCUCUCUCUCUGUCCCCCUUCUCUCUAAAAUGGGCUGUUUUCUCUCACUCAGUCUCUCUAUCUCUCUCUCUCUGUCCCCCUUCUCUUUAAAAUGGGCUGUUUUCUCUCACUCUUUCUCUCUUUCUCUCUCUGUCCCCCUUCUCUCUAAAAUGGGCUGUUCUCUCUCACUCUUUCUCUCUUUAUCUCUCUCUCUGUCCCCCUUCUCUCUAAAAUGGGCUGUUUUCUCUCACUCAGUCUCUCUUUAUCUCUCUCUCUCUGUCCCCCUUCUCUCUAAAAUGGGCUGUUUUCUCUCACUCUUUCUCUCUUUAUCUCUCUCUCUCUGUCCCCCUUCUCUCUAAAAUGGGCUGUUUUCUCUCUCUUUCUCUCUCUCUGUCCCCCUUUUCUCUAAAAUGGGCUGUUUUCUCUCACUCUGUCUCUAUCUCUCUCUCUCUGUCCCCCUUCUCUCUAAAAUGGGCUGUUUUCUCUCACUCAGUCUCUCUUUAUCUCUCUCUCUGUCCCCCUUCUCUCUAAAAUGGGCUGUUUUCUCUCACUCAGUCUCUCUUUAUCUCUCUCUCUGUCCCCCUUCUCUCUAAAAUGGGCUGUUUUCUCUCACUCUUUCUCUCUUUAUCUCUCUCUCUCUGUCCCCCUUCUCUCUAAAAUGGGCUGUUUUCUCUCUCUUUCUCUCUCUCUGUCCCCCUUCUCUCUAAAAUGGGCUGUUUUCUCUCAUUCUGUCUGUUGUGACUCCGGCUCCCGAGCCUGUCCUCACGGAGGAAGAUGACUCUAAUGAUGGGGAGGAACUGACAAGGUCUCCCUCGCCAGGACCCUCCUUUCUAGCAACGCCUCAGGUUCCAGGUGAUGGCCAGGAGGGAGGCAUGUCGGAGCACUCUCUAAUAGGGAGUGACGAAGAUCAAUCAUGGAUAGAUCCCAAGCAGCGUCGGAGGGAGGCAUGCGCAGCAAAGGAAGAGGUGUGGAAGGGCCAGAGAUUGCUGAGUCACUGAGCUACACCCCACAGGGGAUAAAAGUGGGUGGGGUUGCUCUGUAGGCUCUGUGACGGACAAAAACUGCAGAUCGUGAGCUUCGAAUGAGACAGUUUUCGGAUUUAAGGCUUGAACUUCUGACUAUUCUUGGAACUCUUGGUUGCCCCAGCAACAGACUGCAGCUACGCUGACUCCUGGAGGUGAUAAGAAACUUGGCAGGCAUUUGGAGAGCAGCUGCCAGAACUUUUAUCGGCCAAAGGAAAUUAGGUCGGCUUAUAAGAAUAAAUUACUGGCAGACGUCCUUGCUCGUGUGUUUUUCCUAGGUGAGGUGAGGGGACAGAACACUGUCUCUCUCAUCUCCCAUUUUAGAGAGC